GCCGCGCAUCGCUGCCUAGUGUUUUGCGCCGUGCGUGAGGACAAGUGCGGUACGGAGCGACCACCGACACCGGGAGCCAUCGCCUCCAACAGAUCUACCACAAUGCCUGGCUCUCUUCCAGUGAAUGCUGAAUCCUGUUGGCCCAAAGAUGUGGGAAUUGUUGCACUGGAAAUAUAUUUUCCAUCUCAGUAUGUUGACCAGACAGAGCUGGAGAAGUAUGAUGGUGUGGAUGCUGGGAAAUACACCAUUGGGCUAGGCCAGUCAAGGAUGGGGUUCUGCUCUGACCGUGAGGAUAUCAAUUCUCUGUGUUUGACUGUGGUUCAGAAGCUCAUGGAGAGGAACAGCCUUUCCUAUGAUUGUAUUGGGAGAUUAGAAGUUGGAACAGAGACAAUAAUUGAUAAAUCAAAGUCUGUCAAGACUGUCUUGAUGCAGCUUUUUGAAGAAUCUGGCAAUACGGAUGUAGAAGGAAUCGACACCACCAAUGCGUGCUAUGGAGGCACUGCUGCUCUUUUUAAUGCCAUUAAUUGGAUUGAGUCCAGUUCUUGGGAUGGCCGCUAUGCACUUGUCGUUGCUGGAGACAUCGCUGUGUAUGCCUCUGGAAAUGCCAGGCCAACAGGUGGAGCCGGUGCAGUUGCUAUGCUCGUUGGUCCAAAUGCUCCAUUGAUUUUUGAGAGAGGAUUGCGUGGAACACACAUGCAGCAUGCAUAUGACUUCUACAAACCAGAUAUGGUCUCUGAAUAUCCUGUAGUUGAUGGCAAGCUCUCUAUACAGUGCUACCUCAGUGCAUUGGAUCGCUGCUAUACCGUCUAUCGGAAUAAAAUACAAGCCCAGUGGCAAAAGGAGGGCAUAGACAGAUGUUUCACCCUGAAUGACUUUGGAUUCAUGAUCUUUCAUUCUCCCUACUGUAAACUGGUACAGAAGUCUGUGGCUAGACUCUUGCUGAAUGACUUUCUCAGUGACCAGAACCCAGAAACAGCAAAUGGUGUUUUCAGUGGUCUGGAAGCUUUCAGGGAUAUAAAACUUGAAGAUACAUAUUUUGACAGAGAUGUGGAAAAAGCUUUUAUGAAAGCUAGUGCAGAACUCUUCAAUCAGAAAACCAAAGCUUCAUUACUUGUGUCCAAUCAGAAUGGAAAUAUGUAUACCCCUUCAGUCUAUGGUUGCCUUGCCUCUCUUCUAGCACAGUACUCUCCAGAGCAGCUUGCAGGACAGAGAAUCAGUGUGUUCUCAUAUGGCUCUGGUUUUGCUGCUACACUGUAUUCCAUCAGAGUUACGCAGGAUGCCACUCCUGGUUCUGCAUUGGACAAAAUAACUGCCAGCCUUUCAGACCUCAAAGCAAGACUUGACUCAAGAAAAUGUAUUGCACCUGAUGUCUUUGCUGAAAACAUGAAGAUUAGACAGGAAACACAUCAUUUGGCCAACUAUAUUCCGCAGUGUUCGGUGGAAGACCUCUUUGAUGGAACAUGGUACCUUGUGCGUGUGGAUGAAAAACACAGGAGAACUUACGCACGGCGUCCAGUCAUGGGUGAUGGACCCCUGGAGGCAGGAGUUGAAGCUGUCCACCCAGGCAUUGUUCAUGAGCACAUCCCAAGCCCUGCUAAGAAAGUGCCAAGAAUCCCUGCAACAACAGAAUCUGAAGGCGUUACUGUUGCCAUUUCCAAUGGGGAGCAUUAAGAUACCUCUGUGAGGUGGGGAAUGGAACGAGAUGUGAGGGCAGAGUGAGAGAGAGAGAAAUUGGUCACAGUAGUGCUGAAGUUUCAGUUUAUAGUAAUAACUCAUUGGAGCAUGGGGAAAAAUGUUCAAGUUCCUUGAAAAAAUUGUCACAAUAUAGUGUGCUGAUACUUACAGCAUUUCAGAACACUAAAAUCAUGAAUAUACUGGAGGGACUUGACAGGGACUGUGUUGGAUCCCUUAGCAUGUCUGAAUUCUUUUAAUUGCUAAGUAGUAGCUGUAGACUAUUAAAAGGUCUUUGUACACAGGGGAAAAAAAAAUCUGCUUGCUCUUUCACAUAAAAUGACUUGAAACCUACACUGUUAACUUCUACUUGUACUCAAGUCUGUGGCAAAACAAUUCAAGCUUUUAAUGUGAGGGUUCUCAGUGCCUUGACAGUCAGCAAUCAGUCUUCUGAAUAUUGCACUACUCUUACCCUCUCUCACCUUCCCUUUCUUCUCCCAGUUAACCUCCCAUCACCCCAUCGUCUUGAAAGGUACAAAAACAAGUAGUAUUUGCCAGAACACACUCUCUGCCCUGUCAAAAUGACUGGAUCAAGAACAACUAGACUGGCAGGGGAUGCUCUUCCAAGAAACUUACAACCCACUGUUAGUUACCACUUAAUGCGUUCCAACAUACAUAUUCACAUGUUGUACACCUGCAUUAUAGAUUACAGCAGCCACAGAGGAAAAAGGGUUAAAAAAAGAAGGGAGGUAGUAACUGCUACAGAAGGGGGUUUAUUGAUUUGGCACCUUUCUGGAUUGUUUAGUAGAAGCACCUAAGGCAGCAGAAUUGUCAAGUAAAACUUCUAUGUGGUUCUGGUUCUAAUUGGCAAGCAAAGG